AUGGCGGAAGGCAGCAGUUCUUCUCACACGCCUUCUCGCACGCCUCGUGAGAGGGCGGUCAGCCUUCUUCGCGUUGUGCAAAAUUUACUUGAAGAAUCCAACGAAGUUUCGGUAACAGGUGCUUCAAAUGAGCCAAAUCAUGGAUCUUCAAUGCAGCAAGGAGUACAAAAUGCAAGCAAUGGUGGUUCUAGUCGGCAGAAUAUAAACGACUCUGCUCGACAGAUUAAUAACAGCAACAGGCAAGGGCUUAUCAUGCAGAAUUUUAGAAAUCUCUUUGCCGGGUAUUCGGCUUCAUCACGGAAUCAGUCACGACCAUCACGGCCUCCACCAGCGAAGCGCCAAAAGAGUGGCUUUUAUGUCCCAAAGGAAACUUGGACGCACGAGUUCUUCUGUCUGGCUGAUUGUGCAGCUGAAAGUGCUCCAUCACGUAGUGAAAAGUUCGAGUUACAGUUGGCCGGUCUCGGUAGAAAGAAGAUCGUGUUCGGUUGUAGAGAUAAUGCUGUACAAGUAAAAGAGAAGCUUGAGCAAGCGUACCCAAAACUGGAUAAAGGAGGCGGAUUUGAAAUUUUAAGAAGUGGUAAUUCGACUUCCGUGCGCGGUUUGUGCGUCCUGAAGCCUCCAACGUCGACUGGUUACAGUGUAAAUUUUUUAAGAAAUGAAUCUGGCCUAGGCCAAGCUCUUGCUUACAUACGCCCCCUGCAGAGAAGUUUAGAUACCUCACCGUCAGAGGUAGGUGCAGUUAAUAGGCUUAAAUGUGCUGUUAAUUAUUAA